AUGUCGUUCAGUCCAGGUAAUGGUACCUUCAUUAGAGGCGAUUCACCAAUUACUGCACCAACGAGUGGGCAACCGUCUUCAGAUCGCGUGUCGUUUUUAAAGCUGAAAACAAGGUCAGUCUUUAAUCGACUUCAGCAUACAGCAGCAGAGAUGAACACCGAAAUGCUACAAGGCAUGGAUGAGUACGGCUUGGCAGCAAUCAUGGAAUCAGUGGGAGAUUUGAAAGCAACAUUCACCGCCGCUCACACCAGUUUAGAGGAAAUGGAUUUUGAAUCUAUUGCCAGUGACCUGCCCUGCAAAUUCGAUGCUACAUUAGUGAAACUUAAGGCGAACCUGCAACGAGAGAUUGGGAGACGUAGCACAGGUCAGCACUGCUCGACAUUUAGAGCGAACACUGGUGACUCGCAGUCGAUCAUCGUGAAUGCCAAUCGUUCUCGCCUGCCUUUGCUAAUGCUACCGAAAUUUAGUGGCGCGUACACCGAGUGGAGCAACUUUUUCUCGAUGUUUACCUCCGUCAUUGACAACGAUGGCGACCUAACGCAAAGCGAUAAGCUGCAAUACCUGCGUUCCUGCUUGAGUGGUGCUGCUUUGGAUACUAUCCAAUCUCUGGAGAUAAACGAAAAUAAUUAUAAAAAUGCAUUAGAUUUACUCAAAAAACGUUUUGAUAACAAGCGAAUUAUAUUUCAGGCACACAUCAGACAGAUCUUUGGGCUGGACAGGGCAGAUGCAUCCGCAAGCAAGUUGCGGGAGUUGACGGACAAGGUUACAUCACACAUACGCGCGUUGCAGUCGCUUGGAUCACAAGAACAAAUCGCUGACUGCAUUAUAGUUGAACUGCUAAUCCAGAAGUUGGACAAGGCUACUCAAUCCAAGUGGGAAGAAAAUUCAUCAAGCAACGAACUGCCGUCGUGGGAUCAGUUAGCUGCAUUUUUGGAAAAGCGGUGUCGUACCCUCGAAAAUGUGGAGCAUGCCAUACAAACCCAAACGGAUCAAGUUGACAGAAACGGUAAAACUGUAAGUACAAAUAAAAGAAAAUCAUUUGUCGUUUCGAAUGCCUCAGUAGGUGGUUGCGCGUUUUGUCGGUGCCCUGAUCAUAGAAUUUACCACUGUCAGCAAUUUUCCACUCUUUCUCCAAAUCUUCGCCAAAAGGAAGCCAAGAAGCUCUCGCUUUGCCUUAACUGUCUAAAGGGUGGCCAUCAAAUGAGAGAUUGCAAUUCUGGACCCUGUAGAGCUUGUCAAUUGAAACACCAUACGCUUUUGCAUUUUGACCGCACAUCUUCUGCUUCAACUUCUAUAUCAGGCCCAGUCACGCAACCACCCACAUUGAAAUCAAACACCAUAGCUGUAACAUCAUCUGUCCCUGGCCAUGCCCUCACUUCGAGAUCUCCAUCUGAUGCUGUGCUUCUAGCCACUGCAGUCAUUUUUGUCAAAAAUCGUGCUGGUACCUUCGUGCCAUGUCGGGCGCUUUUGGAUUCGGGUUCCCAGCUUCACUUUAUUACAAAUCGUUUUACUAACCAAUUACAACUUCGUAGGACCAAAUAUUCGGCGGCAGUUUCGGGCAUCGGGGAUGCCAACCUGUCAACUGAAGGCUAUUCGGUCAAUGUCGUACUGAAGUCGCGGACUUCAGAUUUCUCAACGCACAUCACUUCCGUCGUUGUUCAAACAAUCACUGACAAUCAGCCUGGUUUUUCAGUGAGCAUCGCGGACUGGAACGUCCCUUCGAACAUCCAACUAGCUGAUCCCAAUUUCAACAUACCUCAGCGUAUUGACUUGCUUAUCGGAGCAGGAUUAUUUUUCGAACUUCUCUGCGUUGGGCAGAUACAGUUGGCGCCCGGAUUUCCAGUUCUUCAAAAAACUCUUCUCGGUUGGGUGAUAUCAGGUGGUGGUCAACAGACUUCUAAGCUUUCGUCAUUUGUGGCCAAUCAAAGGUCUUCGAGAGACAUCGACUCUGAUACCCGACUAGACGAUUUGGUACGUCGCUUCUGGGAAGUAGAUCACGUUUUUGAGCCAAUCACUAAAAUAACAAGGGAGGAGCUCGACUGCGAGGCGCAUUUUCAGCAAAAUGUUUCGCGUUUACCUUCAGGCGAGUACUCGGUUCGCUUACCUUUGAAAUUCGGCACAGAAUCAUUAGGCGAAUCAUACACACAAGCAAAGCGACGAUUUCAGAGCCUUGAGCGGAAGUUAACUAACAAUAUCGAUUUAAAGCUAAAGUACUCGGCAUUUAUAAAGGAGUACCUUGAGCUGAAUCACAUGUCACUGGUCACCAGCGCUGAGGCCCAUGAAUGCAAAUAUUUCUUACCACAUCACUGCGUCGUCAAGGAAGAUAGCUCCACAACAAAGCUCAGGGUCGUUUUUGAUGGUUCUGCUGUCACAACUUCGGGCCUUUCAUUAAACGAGAUUCUAAUGGCGGGGCCGACCAUACAACCCAAACUUUUUGAUAUUCUCAUUCGCUUUCGUACGUUUCCCGUUGCACUUACUGGAGACAUUUGCAAGAUGUAUCGUUGCGUUCGCGUCUCUGCACCCGACAACAUGUUGCAGUGCAUUUUGUGGCGGGACUCCCCUGAAUCAGACAUCAAGGUUUACAAGCUGGAUACGGUUACGUAUGGAACGAAGCCCGCAGCCUUCCUAGCUAUAAGAGCAAUGCAUCAACUAGCCUCCGAUGAGUCCUCGUCUUACCCCUUGGGUUCACAAAUUGUCAAACGCGAUUUUUACGUAGAUGACCUGAUCUCCGGAGGAAAUUCAGUUGAAGAACGCGACACCUUGGAGGCACCAGAAAUUCUAAACGGUCUGCACUAUCAACAAUAG